CUCGGUCUCUACACCUGCUCCUGCUCCUGCUCCUCUUCCCCUCCUUCCCCUCCUUUGAGGAGCAGCCUGCCAAGAAACCAAGCAGGUCACCAGCCUGCAAGACCUCUUCUACGUCUCGCCCUCCAGAUCUUAAGAAAUAUACAUGGCGGUGACGGUCAGGGCCAUGGCGCGCAAGUUCGACGUCGCCUUGGCCAGACGGUCGCCGUGGCAGACAGGCAGUCUGGACGGCCUUCCGUCGCCAAAGAGCCCGCUGGACCGCUCGGUGGCCCGAGGGUGGUUUCACCGCGAGACCGGCGGGGUCGGGCUCGGCAUCCUGGCCGCGCUUGAGGCGCAGCCGUCGCCUGCGGCGUCGAAGGUGUCUGCGUCCAUCGCCAUCGCGUCUCCGCGCCGUGCCGUGCGGCUAGAGAUCUCCGAGCUCGGAUGCAGCGGGCGGUGCACCACCAGCUUGUGCGGCGCCGGCGAGCCGUUCCGCGUGGCCGAUUUCCUGGGGUGCUGCGACCGCUGCCAGCGGCCGCUGGACGGCAAGGACAUCUUCAUGUACGGAGGGGAUAGGGCGUUCUGCAGCACGGAGUGCAGAUACCAGGCCAUCGUGAACGACGAGUUCCAAGAAGAGAAGGAGCGCAAGCGCCGCGCCCGUGCCCGCGCCGUUGCGUUUGACGCCCCGAAGGAGCCGGAGACUGCUGGGCUCUCCUGCGCAGACAGCAGGCAGAUCUUCUUCACCGGCAUCGGGGUCGCCUGAGGGCUGAGGGCUGAGGGCUGAGGGCUAAGGCCUAAACUCCAAAGGAUUAGAGGCCUUAGGCAACAAUGACCACCAGUGCAACGUAAAAAGGAAAGAAAAAAAAUAACAUUACCGGGAAAUUGUAGAGAGUGCAAGGAAUUUUGUUUAUUCCUCUUGCAAGAGAUGCAAGAGAGGCAUGGAUUUUGGCCUUUGAUCCAGAUAUUUUGGAUUAUUAUUUUUUCUCUGGGUUUGAUGUUUUUGGAGGAGAAAUGAUGAGGGAUGUCCUCAUGUCUCCUCUGCCAAAAAAACAAUAAUAUGAGUUGCUCACCUUACUGAUUA